AUGUCCCACGUUGCCCUCCAGCGCUGGUGUGCGGGGCCGGCAGGACUGCGGCUGCGCGUGGGGGGACGCACUGCGGCAAGGCGGGUAGGUUGUUUUCUGUCCACACGCCACGUAGCCGUCUGUGCCGCCGCACGGGCACUCAGCAGCAGCAGCAGCAGCGGCGCCAGUAGAAGUGCUACGCCUCCCGCCUCAGAUGGAGGCAGAAGAACGCGAAGCCCACAACUGACGACGGUGGAGAUGUUUUUUAAGCUGGUUUCGCCGCUUAUCGCCACGGCCCCGUGCGUGACAAGGACCGCCACGUUGUACGGCAACCUUCCACCCAAGCUGGGUGAGGUACUGGACACCGUAGACCUCACCGCGCGCGAGAGCAAUCAGGGCACACAUCGUUGGCUAAGAACUUGCUUUGGCACACUUGCAAACGGGCUGCGGAGGCUGCAGGCCACGAACAGGAUUAGUCACUGGGGCGUGUACGUUUCUGAGGAUGGGGUUUACGUUGUGAAGGCCUGCAGUGGUGAGGAGGCCGAGAAGGCCUUUGCUGCCGUGCGUGCGUCCCAGCUGCGCUUCAGCCAGUGUGAGGCAGAGUCGCUCCUUGAGGUGUUUAAACCGGUGUUUCCGUGUUUCACGCCGCCGCCGCCGCCGCCAGAGCCGCGUGCGUUGACAAGUAAGAGGAAGAAGAAGGGUCAAGUGCCAGGCGGCGUGUUCACCCCGCAGAUGCUUGUGCCGUACGUGCCAACCUUCUUCAUUCCCAUGGAGGAACUACUCGCGGCCCUGCCAGAGGGCUACACGGCGGCGCACAUUGAGCAACUAUUCGCCGCCACGGGGACGCUGGAGAUCGUGACGCUGGAAGGCGAGAAAUUUGUGCGACUGCACGGCGGAAAGCGUUUGGUGGAUUUUGCACGUGACGGCGCAGGCGAGGCGGCGCAUGCGCGAUGGCGGGAGUAUCAACCUGACCCCUUUCUCUGUGGGCCCCUGCACCGGCUCUUCCCUGCCCUCGCGCGCUGGGUGCCGCUGCGCCGGCUUAUCACGGGAGCCCCCGCCCCGCUCCUCCGUGCGCUGCUGCCGUGGGAACGGUACAAGACGCUUCUUUUCUUUGCGCAGAUGCAGCACGUCUUCAGUUUCACGCCGGAGGGUGAGGGCGCGGUGUGCUGGGUUGCCCCAGUGACUUGUUUGUCGUACCACGACAGUCCCACGCCGGCAGCGGUGUCGGAGCUGGCGGGGCUGCUCAGCACGCAGCGUGUGUGCAUCGCGGACCUCCUGGCGCAGUCCUCCCACCGCAUCUCCGACCACGCCAAGACGCAGAUCAUCAUGUACUACGGGACCCUCCUGAACUUCCUCCGGGCGCACGGCGACGUCUUCUGCGUGGUGGAUGACACCUUCGUCGCGGCCGUGUCGUCGCGGGGCACCGCGGAGCGAACGCCGCAGACGCUCGAAGACAAGCUGGAGGAGGCGCUCGUAAGCCGCAACCGUCGCACCGCCCAGAAGAUACGCCGUCGCAUGGCGAUGGAGAAGGACCCGGACAGCCCAUACGCCGACCGGGAUGUCCUGCUGGACGCCAUUCUUCGCUACGUGCCGCAGAAGCGCUCCAUCUCGCUCAGUUUUCUGCUGCGGUCGCUCCCGCCGUCCCUGGCAGAGUUCCUCCCCGGCAAGCCGCUCUCCAUGUUUCAACAGGCGCCAGAAAAAAUACGCGUGUUUGAGUACCGCUACCGGCAUCGUCUGCAUCUCAUUCGCCCCGGUGUGCCGCUGCCGCCCGGUGUCCUGCGGCAACACUACACCGAGCCGGAGCUUCUCUUUUUGUGCGCGGCGGAGCUUCAGCAGGCGCCGCGCGCCAUGGUUGACCUCUACGGCAGGCUCCCCUACGGCGCGAAGGAGGUGAUCCGGCUGCAGUACAAGGGUCUCUUGGAACUCCUGCGGCCCUACCCGCACUUCUUCACGGUCGUGUUCAAGGAUGCCCUGCGCCUCGACAGCCGCAACGCGCUGGUGACGCUCAUCCAGAUGCCCCCAACGGUGGCGCUGGGCGAAGAGGACUACGGUGCCACGGCGCCAGAGGGCCCCGUGCAGCGGCAGCAGCUGGAGGACGAGGACAAGGCGGCGAUGCAGACGCUCCCCGACGAAAUACGAAAGACAAUGCGCGUGAGUGACGCCGAGUAG